AUGUCUACACCUCCAACCCCAAUACAUCCCGCACCGAAUGAAGAAGUUAGGGAUUUACCGAGUGAAAAAAUACCCGAUUCUACCUUGGCUGAUAUCGAUUUAAAUCCAGAUUUAUAUAGUGAAGAAGAAGAAGAUAAUGAUAAUAUUGAAAUUGAUCAACAGGAAGUUGAGGAUGAAAAUAUAGCCAUUGACUCGCAUACACAACAGCAACAACCAGACUUCCAAACCCAUGAACAGAAGAACGGAUAUCCAAUCCAUCUAAAUAAUUCAAGAUUGAAUAGACUAAGACAACCAGAUUUGGUAGAAGAAAGUGAAUCAGAAAUGGAAGAUGUGGAUCUAUAUAAAUUCCAACAAAUAACCCUUCCAUUUGAAGAAGCAUUCCAAUUGUUUCAAAUUGAUUUCAAUUCAAUUGAAUAUAGUCCAAUUUCACAACAACAACAAUCAAAAUUAAUCAAUUAUAUUGAUGAACAUUUAUUACAAAUUCAAAGAAAUUUCAUUAAAUCACAAGUUGAAAAUAUUCAGACUUAUUCAUUUAUUCAAUUGAUUAAAGAUUUAUCAGAAUUAAUAAGUAUCAUAUGGAUAUCCAUUUCUAAGAAGAAUACAUUAUUUGGACAAAUGGAUUAUUAUAUUAAAAUAUUAGGAGAUUUAGAAGAUCAAUUGAAUCAUUAUCAACAUAUCUUUAAUGCUAAUUUUUCCAUUGAUUCAAUAAGAAUUGAUUUAAAUAAAUUGGUAACAUUCUUUAAAUUCUUCCAAAAGAUUGAUUUACAAUUAUCUUUAAUUAUCGAUGGUUAUGAAACUAAUACCAAUACUAUAACUAAAGCUAGUAAUACUGAAUUAAUUCGAUUAUAUCCAAUAAUUUCAAGAUUAAGAAUUUUAAUAAUUUCAAGAAUUGAAGAUUUAAGAAUCAAAUUAAAUAAAGUUAGAAAUGAAACUACAAAUAAACAAAUCAUUUCUGAUUCACAAAAUUUACUUAAUUUAUUCGAAGUUGAAAUAAGUCGAUUAUUUGAAGGUGUCUUAGAUAGGGCAUCCUUAUAA